AUGGAGAUGAAGAAGAGGAUUAGCAUGGAGUUAAGGAACAGAGCCCCGGAGGAGGUGACAGAGUUAGUUCUUGAUAAUUGCCUAUGUGUCAAUGGGGAAAUUGAAGGCCUGAAUGAUACUUUUAAAGAACUAGAGUUUCUGAGUAUGGCUAAUGUGGAAUUAAGUUCACUGGCCCAACUUCCCAGUUUAAAUAAACUUCGAAAGUUGGAACUUAGUGAUAAUAUAAUUUUUGGAGGCAUGGAAGUCCUAGCAGAAAAAUGUCCAAAUCUUCCCUACCUCAAUCUGGGUGGAAACAAAAUCAAAGAUCUCAGUACAGUAGAAGAUCUGCAAAAUCUUAAAAAUUUGAAAAGUCUUGACUUGUUUAACUGUGAGAUCACAAACCUGGAAGAUUACAGAGGAAGUGUUUUUGAAUUACUGCAACAAAUCACAUACUUAGAUGGAUUUGAUCAGGAGGAUAAUGAAGCACCUGACUCUGAAGAGGAGGAUGAUGAAGAUGGAGAUGAAGAUGAUGGAGAUGAAGAGGAAGAUGAAGCUGGUCCACCUGAAGGAUAUGAGGAAGAGGAGGAAGAAGAGGAGGAGGAAGAAGAUGAAGCAGGGUCAGAAUUGAGAGAGGGAGAAGAAGAAGUCGGCCUCUCUUACUUGAUGAAAGAAGAAAUUCAGGAUGAAGAUGAUGAUGAUGAUUAUGUUGAAGAAGGGGAAGAAGAGGAGGAAGAGGAAGAAAAAUGUCUCCGGGGGUAG